GCGCGGCUAGGAAGGGUGAGCAAAGAGCCAAUGAAGUAGAUGAGGGAUCUGGCUGUGCAGAUCAUCGAGAAAGAAGCUGAGGAUGAACCCCGGCUCGGGGUACUAGGACGCGUCGGGUGGACGCGCUUCUCCCUUAUCCUAGCACUUACCUUUCAUUGCGAUGGGACCGGGUACUGCACACGCUGCAAAGAGGCGCCAUCUAUUGUCGAUUUGCCUUGUACGAUGAGCAUGACGGGCUUCCAUGAAAAUGUCGCGUUGGUGAGGCGGUCUUGCUUACCAGCCUGCUAGAUCCGUGCGAUAUACGUGUUGAGCGAUCAUUAUAGCGCAUAGGUCAUCGCUCGUAGCACUUGUCGUUUGAGGCUUGAACUAUCGUCAGUACUAAGCAGCGAACACUCACUAAUUCUGCCGGCGCGAACUCGUAAGGGAGAAGUAGACUGAUAGGCUGUACCCGUGCCGGUUAUCAUAACGGCAAGAAAGUGUGGCGGGACUGCGCAAGGACACGCAGCCUCACACCGGCUCGAAGACCCAGACGGAGAUUAAAGGCUGUGGUCACCGACCCC